GAGAUAAAUGAGGCUGUUGCUCUACGAUCUUAUGGGGACAAACACAAGGUGACUCACUGCUCAGAAGGAAAGUUUGGAUGAGGUCUCUUGCCUGCCAGUGUUGUACCCUGCCACACUCGGUAAUUCCAAUACGAAACCAAGGGCCAGCCAAGCCACGUAUGCCAUAACAAGACAGCCAUGGCCAUGGAGCAAGCUGAACAUAACUCAAAUGCCACCGUUAACACUAACUUUGCUGCAAUCUACAAUCUCCAUGAUGGGGAUUUAACCUCCUUGAGAAACUUCUCCUUCCCCUUCAAUUUCAGCUACAGUGAUUAUGACCUGCCACUGGACAGUGAAGAUGACAUGACCAAAACCAGAACCUUCUUCGCAGCUAAGAUUGUGAUCGGGGUGGCUCUGGUUGGUAUCAUGCUGGUCUGUGGCAUUGGCAACUUCAUCUUCAUUGCUGCUCUUGCCCGCUACAAGAAGCUGCGAAACCUCACCAACUUGCUGAUUGCCAACCUGGCCAUCUCCGACUUCAUUGUGGCCAUCGUGUGCUGUCCCUUCGAGAUGGACUAUUAUGUGGUGAGACAGCUGUCCUGGGAGCAUGGCCACAUCCUCUGUGCCUCAGUCAACUACCUACGGACAGUCUCCCUCUAUGUUUCUACCAAUGCUCUCCUGGCUAUUGCUGUUGACAGGUAUCUGGCCAUUGUUCAUCCACUGAAACCACGCAUGAAUUAUCAAACAGCAACCUUCCUAAUCGCCUUGGUCUGGAUCGUCUCCAUACUUGUAGCUAUCCCAUCUGCAUACUUUGCUACUGAAACAGUGUUAUUUAUAGUGAAAAACCAAAGGAAAAUUUUCUGUGGUCAAAUUUGGCCAAUUGACCAGCAGAUGUACUACAAAUCAUACUUCCUUUUCAUCUUUGGCAUUGAGUUUGUUGCACCUGUGAUUACGAUGACUUUGUGUUAUGCCAGGAUCUCUCGAGAGCUUUGGUUUAAAACCGUUCCAGGAUUUCAGACAGAACAGAUCAGAAAGAGGCUUCGAUGCAGAAGAAAAACUGUUAUGGUACUGAUGUGCAUCCUGACUGCCUAUGUUCUCUGCUGGGCACCUUUCUAUGGCUUCACAAUUGUCCGUGACUUUUUCCCCACCAUCUUUGUGAAAGAGAAGCAUUAUCUUACUGCUUUUUACAUAGUUCAAUGCAUUGCUAUGAGUAACAGCAUGAUAAACACCAUGUGUUUUGUAACUGUAAAAAAUAACACCAUGAAGUAUUUCAAGAAGAUCAUGUUGCUCAGAUGGAGAUCAACAUACAGUGGAAGCAAAUCUAGCACAGAUUUAGACCUGAGAACAAGUGCAAUGCCAGUCACAGAAGAAGUAGACUGCAUAAAACUGAAAUAAAUUUUCUGCCAUUAUAAUCU